AUGCUGCGAGCAGACCCGGAGCUGGAUUCUGCUGUGUACCAGCACAGCCUGACAGCAGCAAGUUCAGAAAACUCUUCUGCCCCUCCCGCCCUGCCUGUCCUUCUGUGUGAUGGAGGGCUCGAACAGGAUCUGGUCUCACAAGAGCUGGCCAGGUGUCACGAGAAAGCCCUGCAGAGCUUGCGGCCACCCCAACUCCGCAUCCUGCCACCGCUACCCUUCUGUGACCUGGCCUGCACAUUCCAGUUCCGAGGGGUGACAUUCAGUGCUGGAAACCCCCUCGCUCUGGAAUCCCAUCAGCUCCCAAUAACGGAGAACAGCUGCGGUUUUGGCUGUGAAACCCCCCCAGACGUAUCAGAGUGUCGCGCCAGGCUGCUGCUAAGAGUUCUCCGCUCCUUUGAGUUCAGAUUUCAGUUUGUACAAUUCCAUAUGAGAAAGCCAGACUGCGGCAGUUACAGUCUUAAAGGAGAUGAGGAUAAAAGGAGUGUAUUUGCCUUACUAGUCUUGAACAGAUUCAGACUGCCCUACUGCCAAAUUCCUGAUGCUUUCUUUACCUGUCGAAAGAAUGUGCUUCUGGCGAAGAGCACGUCCACCCAGAUAGAAGGUGUCUUUGCUGCGACCAGAGGAAGGUUGGUCCCAGAAGAGCAAGAAGCCCUUCUCCAGCAGUGGCUGGAAGAAGGAGCAGGGAAUUUGCCAGCCAGUGAGAGUGUUCCAGCAGUGGGGAAAGUAUCAGUUACUCUCACUAGUGACUGGUUAGAAGGUUCAGAGCUAUUGAUGACUAGCCUCAGUGACCUGAAUUCUGCUCCAGAAGUCACCUGGUGUGCUGGUCAGCAGCUCACAGAGCUACACGCUUUGGCUUCUUCAGAACGGCAAGAUCAUGCAGUGACGGAACUCGCAAAAUUACCAGCAGAGGAAACAGUGGUUGUGGCAGGCAGUGCCCCUUGGGCAGCUGUGGUGCCACAGACGGAUCACCAGAUAGCUGGCUGUGCCACUAUCGGUGUAGAAGUGCAGAAUGAAGACCCAGCUGUGCUGGCCUGGAGUUUAGCGUGUGAUGCAAAGACAGUGCCAACGGACCCCCCAGCCUGGCCCAUUCAGGAUACAGUACAAUCUUGUCCUCUCCCGACAGAGGUACCCUACCAUGAGAUUUUAUGGAGAGACUGGGAGGAUCUUUCUGUCCAGCCCUGUAUGCUAGAGCAGGUCUCGAAAAACACUCCUCUCUUUGAAUUUCGAGUCAUGUCUUACAACAUCCUUGCCCAGGACCUGGUGGAGCAGGGCCUUGAUCUCUAUCUACACUGUCAUCCAGACAUCCUGAACUGGAACUACCGCCUUCCAAACCUUUUGCAGGAGAUCCAGCACUGGGAUCCUGAUGUUCUGUGUCUUCAGGAGGUGCAAGAGAACCAUUACUGGGAGCAGCUGGAACCGACCUUUAAGGAGAUGGGCUUUGCAUGCUUCUAUAAACGGAGAACGGGGACGAAGACAGAUGGCUGUGCGGUGUGCUAUAAGCGCAGCAGGUUCCAGCUGAUCACCCUCAGCCCCAUAGAAUACUUCCGGCCUGGCCUGGACGUCCUCAAUCGGGAUAAUGUGGGCUUGGUGCUGCUGCUACAGCCUCUGCUCCCAGAGGGCUUCGAUCUGAAGGCAGUCAGUCCUUUGUGUGUGGCCAACACUCAUGUGUUGUUCAAUCCCCGGCGGGGAGAUAUCAAACUGGCCCAGAUGGCCUUGCUCCUAGCAGAGAUCGACAAGAUUGCAAAAAAUACUGAAGGCAGCUACUAUCCUGUCAUCUUGUGUGGAGACCUGAACUCUUUACCUGAUUCUCCACUCUACAAAUUCAUCCGGAAUGGUGAACUUUCCUACCAUGGGAUGCCAGCCUGGAAGGUGUCUGGUCAGGAAGACUUUUCCCAACAGUCUUAUUCACGGAAACUGCUGGCCCCACUGUGGCCAAGCUCUCUGGGUGUAACAGACAACUGCCAAUAUGUCACCCUGUGCCAGCCAAAGAAACUAGGCAGACAUAAGUACAGCCGGGACUUCCUGCUCCAGUUUCGUUUUUGUGAUGUUGCCUGUGAACGACCACUGCAGCUGGUCCGCUUGGAAGGUGUGACAGAUGCUAAACCAGACCGCCCUGCACACUGGCCGAAGCCUGCUGCCAUGGUGAAAGACCCUGAUCCCCAGCCAUUCGUCCCAAGGUCUUCAGGUGUUAUCCAGCAUGGCCUCAACCUCACCUCUGUCUACAGCCACUUCCUGCCACAGAGGGGACGCCCGGAGGUCACAACUAUGCCCAUGGGGCUUGGAGCCACCGUGGAUUAUAUCUUCUACUCGGCAGAGCCUGUGGAGAAUGGGAAGAGGGGGGGUCGAAGGCUGUACCAGGAUGGAGCCCUGAAGCUGCUUGGUCGCCUUUCCCUUCUCUCUGAAGAUGUCCUGUUGCUGGCAAAUGGCUUACCAAAUCAUUUUUGUUCAUCUGAUCAUCUCUGCCUGCUGGCUAGCUUUGGCUUGGAGAUCUCCAGCCUCAGAGAGGGUUAGUGUUGGAUCCCUUUCCCUAAAGAAAAGUGUUUCUGAGUACAUCA